ACAAACAUGGCAGCCGGAAUGGAGCUCGCACCGUUCAGACAGUGGGGAGAUUUUUUCCCCGGAGCGGAUAGAUUUGCUAAACCAGACAUGAAAGAUUUAACUAAAUGGAACAACAGAGUGAUAAGCAACCUGCUUUAUUUCCAGACCAAUUAUUUUGCCGUGGUCAUUGUGGUUUUCCUCCUUGUUGGGUUUAUGAACCCUCUCGGCAUGAUCCUGGGUAGUGUCGUGGUGUCGUUGGUGUUCAUGGGGUCGGUGUGGGCCGGAGAGAACAAGGCGGUGAUCAAGAACUUCAAGAAGAACCAUCCGUCGCUGUUCGUCAUCGCCGUUCUGGGAGCCAGUUACUUCCUGCUGUCUCUGUGUGGCGGCGUGAUGGUGUUCAUCUUCGGCAUCACUUUCCCACUGCUCUUGAUCCUGAUCCACGCCUCGCUCCGUCUGCGCAGCAUGAAGAACAAGCUGGAGAAUAAGGUAGAAAGUGUGGGACUGAAGAAGACUCCCAUGGGUGUGAUCUUGGACCUGCUGGAUCAGCAGGAGGAGAAAAUCAACAAGAUCCAGGAUUUCAUCGAGAGCAAGCUGAAGGACUGAGCGACGGGACGGAUCCGAUCCGAUCCGAACCAAUCCGAGUUUCUCCUCCUGAUCCGUUACUUAUCUAGCACUGUUACACCCAAAUAUUUCCGUCGCUUUCCUUCAGCAGCCAUGAUGUUUACGUUUAAAUUCCUCCGAAGGUCCUGAAGGGCCGCAGCACUGACACCUUUUUCCUUUUCUAGCACAAACCUCUCCCCGUUACGUUCGGACGCCGCGUGUUUCAGAUUCGGAACAUGUUUCAGCGCUUCUGCUGAGGAAAACAUGGCCGUCUCCUCAAUGUGGGAAAUCAUAGACUUUAUCAAACAUCAUUAAAAGCAAUAUUUUAUUUAACGUAAACGUAUUUUUACAACCGUAGCAUCGAACACCUCCUGUUUUCCUAAUUCUCUAUUUCGAAAAGGCAACGACUUCUUUCCUGCAGUGUUACGCACAAACCUCCACUUAUACUACAAAAUAUUACAAUAAGCUAUGAAAUAAGCUUUUCUUUCAUAAGUUAUCAUUCAAAA